ACUGUACGUAUACAGCACACCAAUCCAUUCCUCAGAAAUUCUUGCGGCCGGUCUAUUUCUUAGGUUUGACCGCAGGGUCAAAGACUCACCUUUCCGGUUUGUGGACGCGAAGAGUGGCGCGCAGCUUCUGGCAUCCUUCAGCUUCUGGCAGUUUAUCCAUCUUUCAUGACUCAUGAUAGUUCAUGAUCAUCCGUUGAAAUCCUUGGAUUUGAGCGGCGAUUGCUUGGCACCCGUCCGCAGCCAACUCUGGCACCCGUGGGUGCUUUUGCCUUCCGGUCUGGCAACAGAAGCUCCCCUGACCCCAGAGUUUUGGUCCAAAGUGAGCCAACCAACACAUCCCAAUCUCGAUGGGAAAGGACUUGGACGAAGCCCUUCCAGAUGAUGACGAGGGGGAUGACUAUGACCGCGAUGAGGACUUUGAUGGAGACUACCAGGGCGAUGAAGCCUUCGAGCUCAAGGGCUCGGAAGACUUGGCCAUGGAGUACGACGUUUUCGGGAAGUAUGUGAAGAGUGCACAAGUGGAGAACGGAAAGCCGGUCUUCUUGGGGCCCAAGACCGAGGGCUCGCGCCCGUCCAUCGCCUUCACAGACACCACGGGCGAUGGGAAGCCCACCUGGUGGGUGUGUAACGCGUCCGGGGGGGGAGUGUUUCUACGCCGAGUCGGACACGGACGUGCCUCCGAGGACUGGCUGGCGCACAGAGUACGGCGGUGAACUGGAGGUGGUACUGGAAGCCUGUCAGGCAUCGGACGAGAAGAAGGAGUGUCGUUCGCGCUCGCGCAGUCCGCGCGGGAAGUGCCCGUGGUAACUGUUUAUCAACCUGUAGAACAUGCAGUACAUUCGCAUUGUCCGGAAGUUUAUUCUAACUGUCUCCUCUUCGACCUCUUGCAGCGGAGCCUCGCAACUCUUGAGGCACCAAUGAGAGAUUUGAAUCCUUGGGCACAAGUCCCAGGUGUUUGUUGAUGAGAAAAUCCUGCACGUGUGUGGCAUGAGUCAUGAGAUGUAGGUUUUACUGUAGACUAAUUAGUAGACCUUG